AUGGGCGUGCUACAACCUCGUGGUCGACGCGACUCGCGCGCAUCGGCUCUUUCACGUCGCAAUUGGGGGUUGGACCAAGACCUCUCCAUCCCACCGGAGUCCCUAGUGGAACAAGCAAACCUGGGCAGCUCGCCCGGCGCUGGGCUGGACGCUUCGAGCUAUACUGGAUCUAGCUUGAGGACCCCCAGUCGCUCAUUUUACCACCGCUCAUUGAACGUUCCUGCAGACCCGGCUCAUUAUGCAUCCGACGGCCUACGAGAGCAAACUGCGGAGCUUGCAACCUACGGCCUGUCACUCAACAAAAAGCCGUUGUCUGGCAGAACCAGUCUCCCGCCUGGGCUCGAUGUAUUUCAGGGCCGCCAAUCCUCGACCUCACACGAGGAAAUCGCCAGCUCUCAUCCACCGGUGGGAGGGCGCUCAUUGGAAUUAAGAUCCGGCCCUGCCGAUUCUGCUGUUGCCUCCUCCGCUCUGACAGCGAUGAUCCUCCGUCCCUCUGCGGACUCGGCCGAGGAUGACACUAAGCCCGCUGUCUCGGGAGAUUCCCCCCCGAACCCAUACUUGCCGACUUUCCAAGACGAGCCCCAUUCCCGAGACACCGAGCGGACUUCCCUGCCAGGCAAGACUCGCUCCAGGUCACCACUCCGUUAUGGCGCUGUGGAGGACAUUGAGAACCAGGGUAGAUGCCCCGCCCGGGCAGUCAAUGCAUCUUCACAGGGACUGUCCAAGGUGGCAAGAUGCUCUCGGAUCGUGGCCAACCCCAAAGCUUGGGAUAGGCGAGCCAUAUGGAAUGAAGGAGUAGUUCAACCCGUCAGUUUACUCCCAGCAGUGAUGCUUGGACUUUUGCUUAACAUCCUCGAUGCCCUCUCUUACGGAAUGAUCUUGUUCCCCCUGGGAGAGCCAUUAUUUGCCCACCUGGGCGCAGAUGGCAUCUCCAUGUUUUACGUCAGUACUAUUAUCUCUCAGGUUGUAUUCUCCUGUGGAGGGUCCAUCUUCAAAGGUGGCAUUGGAAGUGAAAUGAUCGAAGUCGUCCCCUUCUUCCACCAGAUGGCCUUCGCCAUCAUGAAUCGAGUGGUCAGUUCCGUCCUGACCGGUCUGGUAUUCUUCCUUAUGGGCGUAUGCGGGCUGGGCUCGUUGAUUGGAUUCUUUCCUCGUCACAUCCUGAUCGGCUGCAUUGGUGGUGUUGGCUACUUCCUUAUUCAAACUGGAGUCGAAGUCUCCGCGAGAUUGCCCGGCUCACUGGAGUACAAUAUGUAUACUCUCCAGAAGCUCUUCCAGCUCGAUACUUUCCCUCUCUGGAUUAUACCCCUGGUACUUGCUGUCAGUCUUCUUGUGCUGAAGCGCUUCAUUCGGUCGAAUUUCCUUGUCGGCGCUUACUUCAUUGGUGUCGCUGUGGCUUUCUACAUCAUCGUACUUAGUGCGAGUAUUUCCAUGGAUACUUUGCACCACAAGGGCUGGGUGUUUGAUGCCCCAUCGUCUAAUAACCCUUGGUAUCACUUCUACUCCCUUUAUGAUUUCUCUGCGGUUAAUUGGUCGGCCUUUGCUGAUACCAUCCCGGCGAUGUUCGCAUUGACUUUCUUCGGUGUGCUUCAUGUCCCGAUCAAUGUUCCUGCUCUCGGUAUCUCCACUGGAGAAGACAACCUCAAUGUGGAUAGAGAGUUGGUCGCACAUGGCGUGACUAACGCCCUCUCCGGAUUCAUGGGUAGCAUCCAGAACUACCUUGUGUACACGAACAGUCUUUUGUUCAUUGCCAGCGGUGGAGAAUCGCGCUUGGCUGGUCUCAUGCUAGCCGCCGCUACAGCUGGAGUUAUGGUCAUCGGCCCUGUCAUCAUCGGAUACAUCCCGGUAAUGGUUGUCGGGGCUCUAAUCUUCCUGCUUGGCAUUGAAUUGUUGCAAGAGGCUCUAGUGGAUACAUGGGGAAAGCUUAGUCGGCUCGAAUAUCUGACAGUGCUCAUCAUCGUUGUCACGAUGGGUGCAUGGGAUUUUGUGACGGGUAUUUUGGUCGGCAUCAUCCUUGCAUGCGUGAACUUCGUGGUCCAAACAUCUCGCAAGUCUGCCAUUCGAGCCACGUUCUCUGGCGAGAUUGCGGGGUCAACGCAAACUCUCAUCAUGAAGCUUGGUGGUUACCUGUUCUUUGGCACAAUUGUAAGUGUUGAGAACACCAUGCGCGGACUGAUCGAAGACGAGGCAUUCAAUCGACAACCCAUCCGAUUCCUGAUCCUGGAUUUUUCCCGGGUCUACGGAUUAGACUUCUCUGCCGCCGAGGCCUUCACUCGUAUUAACCGCAUUCUCCGCAAGCGCAACGUGCAAACCACCAUCUCAGGUCUGAACGUCGAAGGUGACGUUGGCAAGAGCCUAGAAAAUGUUGGCCUCUUCGAGCCAGACUCCGGCGUCCCCAUCUUCGAGGACCUUAACUCAGCCCUCGAAUUUUGUGAGAACGACUAUCUCAAAGUAUUUUACGGCCGGCAAGAAGCACUUGGUCGCAAGUCCAUCGACUCGAAUGCCAGCACCCAUCUCCAACCUUCCGUCCCCGUCCCGAACAGGCGCUCACGGCCACCAAUCCAGUCUAUCGGAAAACAUAGUCGGCUCGCCGCGACGUCAACACCUCCAACGCCCUGGUCCGCCAUGCGCCAACCUCUCCCUCUCCUCCUCCAAACCUUCCAAGGCCUAUCAUCCCAGAACGAAGAUUUCUGGUUUCCCGCCUGCGCCUUCUUUUCUCGCGAAUUCUACCCCGCAAAUACAGUACUCUAUCACGAAGGCGACAUUCCCCGCGCCUUCUACCUCCUUGAAUCAGGCAUGCUACGCUGCGAAUACGAUCUCCCGCAGGGCCGCUACUUCGAGCUUGUCGUCGCUGGUCGACCUUGUGGAGAACUGCCUUUCUUCAGCGAGACGCGCCGAACGGCAACGGUGAAAGCGGAGCAUGAUUGUGUUGCGUGGUGUCUUAUUGAUGAGAAGUGGAAGGAGCUCCAGGAGCAGCACCCCGAGUUGCGAGGGAGUUGUUGA